ACGGGCGGGAGACUUCUUCAACAGCGACAAAAGGUUCCUGGUUAACCCACGCGGUGCUUUGCUAACAAACCUAAAAAUUGAAGCUCUUUAGACCUAAUCUUGUGUAUAUUACUCUUAGUGUUUUGAACAUAAUUCUGUUUACCUAUCUACUGGUUCAUUUAAACGUAAUUGGCUUGUUAAAUUAGCAAAUGUGUUACAUUGAUGCUGCACUAGGCUAAUCUCCCGGACCAUAAACUCACUGAUCUCGACGGAGAAAGAAACUGGUGAAAGGAGGCAAAGAAGCUUGAAGAAUGAAAGAAGAGGAUGAUAUUACAGUGAAAGAAGAGGAUGAUAUUACAGUGAAACAAGAGGAUGAUAUUACAGUGAAACAAGAGGAUGAUAUUACAGUGAAAGAGGAAUAUGGGAACGACGUUGUCAAAGUGGAAAAAGGGGUAGGAGCUUUCAGAAUCAAAAAGGAGGAAGAACAUUUUGAAGUAAAAGAGGAGGAUUUCUCAAUAAAAGAAGACGAGACCGAACAUCCGAUUACCACCAGAGAGAGACAUGACUAUCGUGGAUCCUCUGGGGAGCCUCAACAACCUCAUGAAGCUGAAGAGGCAGAGAAGAGUCUCUCCACAUCAGAACACCAGAUGGACAACGCUAGCCGUUCCGUCCUCCCGGAGUCCCAGUGUCGUGCCUCUCCCGGGAUGAAGAGGUUGUCUCUGCUGCUGGUGGACUGCAGGAAAGCAACAGAGCUGAGUGGAACUGUGAGAGGAGGAGGAGAGAAGACCGGAUCAGAUUUGACACAUAAAAAAAUUGAGAGUGACAUAGAAGGAAUGGAUGAGGACUCUGUGAGUGAUCUGAGUUUGGAUUCCAGCGCGGAUGACAUGUUUUUGGAAGAAGAAGAUCCACUUUUCGAUCAACCUAUCGGCUGCCUUCGAUACUGUGAACCAUCAGAUCCUCCUCUCCACCCUCUCCGAGUUGGGCAUCUCCGGCGCGGCCCACGCUUGGAUUGCGUCCUGCCUGACAGGUCGCUCCUACCAGGAGAGAGACGUGACUAUCGUGGAUCCUCUGGGGAGCCUCAACAGCAUGAUGCUGAAGAGACAGAGGAGAGUCUCUCUACAUCAGAACACCUCAAACACCAGCGGAGACACACAGGAAAGAAACCUCACCGCUGCUCUGACUGUGGGAAGAGAUUCCCCUCUUCAGCUGACCUUAAAAGACAUCUGAGAAUCCACACGGGAGAGAAACCUAAUAGUUGUGAUCAAUGUGGGAAGAGUUUUAGUGUUACAAGCAGCCUGAAAAGCACACCAGAGAACACACACAGGAGAGAAACCUUACAGCUGUUAUCAAUGUGGGAAGAGUUUUGUUACAUCUAGCAGUCUGACUAUGCACCAGCGAACACACACAGGAG